CAAUCUCAUUACUAUUAUUGUUUACACGAUGAUGAAAGCCAUGAGAGUUGGGUUAGCGAUGACACUGCUUACGACCAUAACGGUUCUUACCAUAGUCACUGCACAGCUCGAGGACCAGCAACCACCUCCACCGAUGUUACCCGAGGAAGAAGUGGGAGGAUGCAGCAGGACAUUCUUCUCAGCGAUUGUACAACUGAUACCUUGUAGAGCAGCAGUGGCUCCUUUCAGCCCAAUCCCACCGACCGAGUCAUGUUGCUCUGCUGUUGUCACACUUGGUCGCCCUUGCCUUUGCCUCCUCGCCAACGGACCUCCGCUCUCAGGCAUUGACCGCACCAUGGCUCUUCAGCUUCCUCAGAGAUGCUCUGCUAAUUUCCCUCCUUGCGAUAUCAUUAACUAGGAGUCUAGGAGGAAACCUAUCAUCCUUUCUUUUCUUUUUGUUAUUUUUCUCAUUUACCUUCUUCCACUCUAAUAAAUACGCUGUUGAGAUUGUUAUUGUACCGGUCUUCAAAAACAUUAUAACAAAGAAAUAAGAAUAGAAAUCUCAGUCAA